CCGGCGCUGCGAGGAGGGGGACACUCAGCAUGGGCACUCAGAACCACCUCUGGCAUUUCAUCCUCGCCGCUCUCCUCUGUACCCCGAUGGCAUUAGAGGGAAGAGGCACCACGACUGCCACCGCUGAGACCCCCCUAAAUGUCUCAAGGAGCACAAACAACAGCAGCAGAACUGGCCCAGCUGCAAACAGCUCCGAUGGCUCCGUGGCAGAGCCUGACACCCUCACAGCCCAUUCCCUCCUGGGCACAGCCUCGCUGUCCCCCUCCACCAUGAGGACAAUGGGUGAAGAAGGGAUGAACACAACAUCCACAACAGUCAUGCAGGAAGGGGGCUCGUCGGGGAUGUCUGCCAAGAGCAGUGCAGCGAGCUCAGCAUUCCCAACAACAGGAACCGGCACCACCACUGCCCCACAGAGUGGCACUGCUUCUUCCCUGUCCUUCAGCUCAGCAGUGAUGAGCCACUCCUCCUCCUCCUCCUCCUCUCCUGAGGGCUUCUCACCUGUGCCUCCCAGCCCACAGCAGAGCAGCACCAGCAGCACCACUGGGAUGCCCUUGGCCACCACAUCCCAGCCAUCCACAGCCCUGCUGCUCUCCUCUCCGUCCUCCACUGCUGGCACGAAGGGCAACGAGUCAGAGCCCCCUGUGAACAGCCCAGCUCCCACCACAGCCAGCACCAACGCGGUGCCUUCCAGCCCUGGCACCUCUUCCGUGGGCUCCCCAGCUGCGCCUCCCAGCCCACAGCAGAGCAGCACCAGCAGCACCACCGAGGCACCCUUGGCCACCACAUCCCAGCCAGCCACAGCCCUGCUGCUCUCCUCUCCGUCCUCCACUGCUGGCAGUGCUCAGAUCUCAGCUGGGACAGGGACAUGGGGCCCAGCUACCCCCAGGCCUGUGGCUUCCACCUCUGCUGCCUCAGGUACCAUCGAGGCCAGCCCUUCACCCACUGUGGGCAGCAGUAAAGAGACAGCGACACCUCAGCUCUCCUCCACAGCCCUGCCCCAGGGACAGCCGCCGGGGCAGGGGACAGCCACGUCACCUGCCACGGGGAGCCCCUCGCCCUCCACAGCCACGGCCUCUGCAGGCAGCAGUGCCACCACUCCUCCUGGAGAAGAGGAGGGUUCCACCAUGAACCAGGGGGGCAGAUCAACGACCGAGAGCUCCCAUUCCUUCCCAGCCACAUCCCUGGUGUCCACGAUGACGACGGCGGGUGGAGAGGGGAGGACGGACGCUGCACCCGCAACAAUAACGUCACACUGGGGCUCACUGGGGACAUCUCCUGGGAAUGGUGCAGUGAGCCCAGCAUUCCCAACAGCAGGAACCGGCACCACCACUGCCCCACAGAGUGGCACUGCUUCUUCCCUGUCCUUCAGCUCAGCAGUGAUGAGCCACUCCUCCUCCUCCUCCUCUCCUGAGGGCCUCUCACCUGUGCCUCCCAGCCCACAGCAGAGCAGCACCGGCAGCACCACUGGGAUGCCCUUGGCCACCACAUCCCAGCCACCCACAGCCCUGCUGCUCUCCUCUCCAUCCUCCACUGCUGGCUCUAAGGGCAACGAGUCAGAGCCCACUGUGAACAGCCCAGCUCCCACCACAGCCAGCACCAACGCGGUGCCUUCCAGCCCUGGCAACUCUUCCGUGGGCUCCCCAGCCGCGCCUCCCAGCCCACAGCAGAGCAGCACCAGCAGCACCACUGGGAUGUCCUUGGCCACCACAUCCCAGCCACCCACAGCCCUGGUGCUCUCCACUGCUGAUGUUACAGACGUGGGGUCACACACUGUGACAGCAGAGCAGGUGACACCCAGCCCAGCUCCCAGCACAGCCAGCACCACCCAAGCUUCUGCCACCAUCCCCUCUCCUGCCUCAGAAACCACUGCGCCCAGCCGUUCAUCCUCUCCAGGCAGCAGCACGGGGACAGCAGCACCUCAGCUCUCCUCCACAGCCCUGCCCCAGGGAUGGCCCACGGGGCAGGGGACAGCCACGUCACCUGCCACGGGGAGCCCCUCGCCCUCCACAGCCACGGCCUCUGCAGGCAGCAGUGCCACCACUCCUCCUGGAGAAGGGGAGAGUUCCACCAUGAAGCAGGGGGACAGAACAACUGAGCCCGCUGCCAACGCCUCCCAUUCCCUCCCAGCCACAUCCCCGGCGACCCCAUCCACGACAAACCACAGAAUACCAACAUCUGUUAAUCCUUCUUUUCCUAGGACUUGCUCUCCCAUCACUUUGUCCAUCCAGCUGCUGAAGGUGACCAGCAGAACGAUCCAGUUCAGAUGGAAGCCUCAAGGUGGCACAGCAGACAGUCCUUACACUGUGCGGCUGCUGGGAAAACAGGGAGAGGCGCAGCAGAAGAGCCUGAAUGAAACAAGCACUGCCUUUGAAAAUCUGCUUUCUGCUCACCAGUACCAAAUAUCCGUGGAUGUUUCAACUUGCUCUAAGAAUGUCAGUGCCUCCCUGACAGUUCAGACAGCUGCUGAAGUCUACAGUGGAACCACUAGGAUUACCAGUGAAGAUUUCAAGGAUGAAUAUCAGAAUAAAUCAAGUACAGAAUUCAAGGAGUUUGAAAAGAAGUUAAUUAUGGAGAUAACAAAACAUCUGCCACAGAAGAUGCAAGAACUAAAAAAUGGAACAAAAAUACGUAUUGUAAUUAAUAGCAUCGAGGCAGGCAGUGUGAUUGUGAACUUUAAGAUCGUGUUGGAUGUUGGACAAAACAUAACAAAAUCAGAGAUUUCAGAUGCUUUUACAGAGGCCCUUAACAGGAGCACACUGUUUGAAGUUGAUCUCAACAAGACUUUUAUAGAAGCAAGGAACAGCUGCAAGCCAGGCUUAAAUGACUGUGACCAAAAUGCUGCCUGCACUGCUGAAGAAGCCACUUAUUCCUGCCAAUGUAACAAAGGAUUCACUGAUGCAAGCCCUCAAGUUCCAGGGAGAGUUUGUCACCAGGAUCAACCUUCACAACACACAACUCCAGCCCCUCCAAAAACCGACACAACUGGAUUUACAGGAACUACAUCUGAUUCCAUUUUCACUACCACAUUUGCGUCAGCACCUUGCCUGACAGUGUCCAUCAAAGUUCAGAACGUGACUGGAGAAGAAAUACAGCUCAGCUGGAGCAGCAGCAGCAAAGGCAGCCUCUACAACAUCUCUGUCAAGGAUGGAAAGGAGAUUCAUACAACAAUUACAAACAAGACAAAAACUGUGUUUAAAAACCUGCUUCCUGGCCACGUGUACAACAUUUCUGUGGCACUGUCAUCUUGUGCUGAGAACAAUCCUGCUUCAGUCAGUGUCCGAACAGAUGCUGGUUCCUGUUUCAAAAGAACUGGGCUUUGUUUAGCACAAAGUACUGGCUGCUCUGACUUAAAACGCAUCGUGUGCUCCAAUAACCAAGCGUUUGCCUGCAGAGUUUGGUUUGAAAACCAGACAUUUAAUAACGCACUUUAUAACUCUGAUAGUGCAGACUACAUGAACAUGUCUGAAAGUCUCAAAAGAGAUGUCGUUGAAGCAAUGAACGCUGAGCUGGGCCAUGACCACUCUGACAUUUUCGUGCUGGGGUUCAGACCUGGCUGUGUGAUCGCUGAUUUUCUCUUUCUGCUGCCAAAAGAAGAAGCCAUGGAUGUGGAUAAUAUACAGGCCCACCUGAGGAAAGUGUUAGGGAGCAGGUUUGGGAGCCAAAGUACAGUGCAAACUCUGUCUGUUCAGUCAUCACCUGACAACAGCUCCUCCUGGAGAGUAGCAGUGAUUGUCCUUGGAGUUCUCCUUGGAGUUGCAUUAGUGCUGAUCCUGCUGGCAAUUCUGUUUUACAUCUAUGUGAGGAGAAGAUCAGGUAUGGAAUUUCCCCCAUUGUACACGUGGUAGAGUGAGGAACAGAGAAACUUCUCUUCAGCCUAUCCCCUAUAGGUACUGCAAUGAUUUUUAACACUGGCAAUCUAGAGAAACAAGAGCCAAACUACUCAAUGCUGUAUUUAGGUGGCACUGAAAACAGGGUGCCUGAGCCUGGUAGCUGUGGCAGGUCACCUGAAUGCUCAGCUGAGCCCAGAGUCAUCCUGUUGAGCGUUGUGCACUUGCCCAAGGGGGAUUCACCUCCCCUGAGCCUUCUAUCACUGCAUAAAAUUAUAUAUAUACAUAUAUAGAUAUGCCUUUUUCUCUCCUGUGGCUGCAGAAUGAGCCCAGGGUAAUUAGCAUUCCAGCACAUGCAGCUUGAUGAGGGGUUUGGAGAAAAAUGGGAUACGUCUCAGUUAUGUGCACUUGCUAUAGAAGUCUGGUGGACCAGAAACUUGAUUUGGAGGCUUCUGAAUUCAAGGUUUCUUUAAUAACUGCUUCUAUGUGUCAAGGGUAUAGCAUGCUAAAUACGGCUGUGCUUUCACAGCACAGUCUCAGAGAUGGGGAAGGCAAACCUUAGGUCAGUUUGAGCCAGAAGUAUUUCACUCACCUCUUUUUGCCUGUCAGAAAUGAUUGGCUGAGCAAGGACGUGCCAUAUAGGGCAAUUUUGUCCUGCUCUUGACAAUCCCAAAACAGAGUCCAGUCCAAUAGAAGCAACUCCUGUGGCAUUGGAGCAGACCUUGCUUCAGAGUUCAUCGAAUUACUUUAGAGCAAUUAGGAGAAAUGACCUUCACCUUUUCCCACCACUCUCCACUGCAGUCCUGGUGAAGUUACAUUCUCUUUCUACUGCGGUGCAGUUUUUCCUGCUUGGAAUGUGCUGAACGGAUGACAAAGGGGCAGUUUACUGCUGUACCUACUUCCAGCAGGAUUUCUGAGUUUCAUUUCAAACCAGCUCUCCCUGCACCUGUAUAUUCUGCCAGCCUGCCUACAUUUGGAACUCCUGUUGAGGCACUGAGUAUUAACCCAUGAUGCUGAGGCCCUGGCUCACAGCCCCUGAACACCCCUGGUUUUUGGGGAUCAGGUUGUGGUUCUUUGGCACAGAUGAGAGUACACUGGUGCCAGAAGUGCAGCACAAGCAGAGUGGAGGUGCACAAGCAGCUCUGCUCCCUGUGCAGCCAGCAUUCAUCCUUCCCAUCCCUCCUUCCCUGUGCUGUAACACAGCUCCUGGCACAGCCCUGCUGAGGACCCUGGCUGGAAUAUUAUUUUUUGUAGCAGGGACCAAUGAAACAGGGUCUUGCAUGCCUUGCUCUCCCCUUCCUUCCAAGUAGGGUCAGCUUUUCUAUCCUGAUUGAGAUCUGGGGUGUGGAGUCACAGACACCUCACUGGUGGGAAGAGAGUGAUUAGUAUUUGUUAAACCUAUAUUCUGUGGCUUUUAAAUAUAGCCAGCUCUGGUGUUCUGCUCACUGAGUAGUCACUUAACAAUGUGUUCUGUCAGUAAAUACAAGUUCUCCAGGGAGCUCUGUUGAAAAUACAAAUGAGCGCUCUCAUUUAUGUUAAUACUCUUGGUUUUUGUGUGUUUUUUUUUUUUUUUUUUUGAGGGAUCUACUUUGAAUAGCAAAUCCUCAUUGUCAGUAAACCUUUCUGAUGUCCUUGUAAAUAGUGUUAAAUAGAGACCAUGUACAGCAGGCUUGAACAAUCCUGGGGCUGUUCAUGCCAAAUGUAUUUAAUGUCUUUGGGGAAAAAAAGGUGGUAUUUU